AUGAAAUUCAAAAACCAAACAGCAGCCUCAGAAUUGAUUCUCCUUGGAAUGACACAUGACUCAGAGCUGCAGCCCCUCAUCUUUUGCCUGUUCCUGUCCAUGUAUCUGAUCACCAUCCUGGGAAAUCUGCUCAUAAUACUGACUGUAAGAGCUGACUCCAACCUCCACACCCCCAUGUUCUUCUUUCUCUCCAACCUGUCCCUUAAUGACAUCUGUUUAAGUAGCACUACAAUUCCGAAACUGCUGGUGAGCAUCCAAACACAGGAUCAGAAAAUCACCUACACAGGUUGCCUCUCCCAGGUUAGCUUUGUGUUGAUUUUUGGUGGCAUGGAAAAUUGUCUCCUUGCAGUAAUGGCCUAUGACCGCUAUGUUGCCAUUUGUCAGCCCCUAAGGUACCAGGUCAUCUUGAGCUCUGACUUCUGUGUAUUGCUACUUGUUCUUUCUCUCCUUAUUAGCACUGUACAUGCCCUGCUUCACACUGUGAUGGCACUGAGGCUGUCCUUCUGCACAAAUGUGGAAAUCCCUCACUUCUUCUGUGAACUUGCUCAACUCAUCAAUCUUGCCUGUUCUGAUACCUUUAUCAAUACUCUUAUGGUAUAUUCAGCAGCAAACAUAUUCUUUGGUGUUCCUAUUGCUGGAAUUAUUUUCUCUUAUUCUAAAAUUGUCUCCUCUGUUUUCAGAAUGCACUCAGUGGGGGGAAGGUAUAAAGCUUUUUCUACCUGUGGGUCUUACCUCUCUGUUGUGUUCUUAUUCUAUGUGACAGGUUUUGGUGUGCACUUGAGUCCUACUGUUGUUGACUCUUCCACUAAGAAUGCAGUGGCUUCAGUGAUGUACAUUGUGAUCCCUCAAAUGAUAAACCCCUUUAUCUACAGCUUGAGGAACAGAGAAAUGAAGAUAGCUCUAAGGCAUCUCAUUAGUGGGAAGCCUUUUUUAUUCUUGUGUUCAUAG